AUGGUGAAUGAUGCAUUUCAUGGUAUCACGCCUUUUAAUGAGUAUCAUGAAUAUGAAAGUGGAUAUGAUCAUAUCCAUGAAGAACCCACUCAAGAGGCGAAACGGUUCUACGACAUGUUGGAUGCUGCAAAUACUCCACUUUAUGAUGGAUGUCAUGAAGGUCAUUCGCAACUAUCAUUGGCGUCUAGGUUCAUGAACAUCAAGGUUGAUAAUAAUUUGUCUGAGGCAUGCAUGGACGAUUGGGCUGAAUUGUUUACGGAGGUUUUACCAGAGGGUAAUCAAGCUACUGGUUCAUACUACGAGACAGAGACUUUAGUUCGAAAGAUAGGAUUGCCAUACCAUACAAUUGAUGUAUGUAUAGAGAAUUGUAUGAUAUUUUGGAAAGAAGAUGGGAAUUUGGAGCAUUGCAAGUUCUGUGGGAAGCCAAGGUACAAAAGUAGUGGGGGUAGAACUAGAAUACCCUUCAGUCGUAUGUGGUAUCUACCUAUUGCAGAUAGAUUGAAGAGGAUGUACCAAUCAGAGAAGACCGCAUCAUCAAUGAGAUGGCAUGCUGAGCAUGAUUCAGAAGAUGGAGUAAUGUGUCAUCCAUCUGAUGCGCCUGAAUGGAAGAAUUUCCAACAUUUACAUCCCACAUUUGCGCAAAAGCCACGAAACGUUUACCUUGGGUUAUGUACAGAUGGUUGUAAUCCAUUUGGGGUCUCCAAAAAUCAUACUUUGUGGCCUGUGAUCUUAACUCCAUACAACCUACCUCCGGAUAUGUGCAUGAACAGCGAGUAUUUAUUUCUUACGAUUCUGAACUCCGGACCAAACCACCCACGAGCCAGCCUUGAUGUUUUCCUCCAACCAUUAAUCGAUGAGUUAAAGGAGUUAUGGUAUAAUGGGGUUGAGGCUUAUAAUAUCUCACUAAAUCAAAAUUUCAACAUGAAAGUUGUUCUUAUGUGGACAAUAAGCGAUUUUCCAGCAUACGGUAUGUUGUCGGGAUGGACGACACAUGAAAGAUUAGCAUGUCCAAUUUGUAUGGAUGACAUUGAUGCUUUUCAAUUACCAGCUGGGAGGAAAACAUGUUGGUUUGACUGUCAUAGGAGAUUUCUUCCUAAAAGUCAUCCGAUGCGGAAGAAUAAAAAGGACUUUCUGAAGGGAAAAGAUUCAUUGAAUGACGAGCCACCAGCAUCUCUGAGUAGUCAAGCUAUCUAUGAGCGUAUAAGGAAAGCCAAAGCACCUAAAACAUCUAUUUGCGGUGGGAAUGGUCACGAAAAGAAAGUUAAAGGCUACGGAAGAUGGCAUAAUUGGCAUAAAGAAAGCAUAUUAUGGCAGUUACCGUACUGGGUCGAUCUGAAUUUAAGGCACAACCUGGAUUUGAUGCACGUCGAGAAAAAUGUCUUUGAUAACUUGAUGUACACCACUAUGAAUGUAAAAGAUAGAUCGAAAGACAACGUGCAGUCAAGAUUGGAUAUUGCAAGAUUUUGUUCCCGGCAAGAUUUACAUCUAGAUGCUCAAGGGAGAGCCCCAUUCCCUAUUUGGAGAUUGAAAACCAAAGCGAAAGAGGCUUUAUUAAAAUGGGUAAAAGAAGAUGUUAGAUUCCCAGACGGCUAUGUCGCAGAUUUAGCUACAUNUGUGCUGACAUGA